GAUCUCCCAUGUCGGGGAAGCCGACGAUCCCCUCGGGACCCGAAGCUCGCGAAGGUUUCCUUAGACGCCGCAGGACGACGCCGCCGCCCGCCACGUGCCCCCGGCCGUCCUCCUCGCUGUCCGCCGGGUCGUUCUCCACGUCCGCCCGCUUCCGUGGCCUAAUCAUCUCGCUCUUCUCGUCGCGCACUGCAUGAGUCUGCAUGUGGUCCUCUGUCCGUGUAUAUAUAUAGGGAGAGGAACGUCCGGUAGCUUGUGAACGGUGGCAACGAGACGAGACGAGACGAGACGAGACGAUGGAUGCGAUGGAGCCGGCAGUGGUGGUGGUGGCGGCGGCGAGGAUCGACCGGAAAUCGUCCAUAGAAAGCGAGCCCAGGACCCUGCGCGUCGAUCAGAUUCAGUUCGCGAGGGAAGCUGCGAAGUACGUGGUGAACUCCAGGAGCACAGGUGAAGCCUUGACCAUCUUCACUGCGGGAUUGAAGCCAGUGGCGUGCGCGAGGACAGCGGUUAAUGCGGAUGCGGUGAAGGAUCCGAAGGACAAGUAUUUCGGGCACGGAGCAAGUAAGUUCCAAUGGCCCGAACCCCGGGAUGUCCUAUCCGCUCCUUUCUAAGACGGGUCUAGCUAUCCGCAUUGUAUACGUCGACUUCACAGUACGUUUUCGAUUGUAUGCUCUUGAUCCCUCCUGUAAAUAGAGAAUGGUAAAUUACAGUCCCUUAUAAACUCGAUUCAGAUCA